AUGGUCAAUGAGGCGAUGGCCGAUAAGCUGUUCGGCGACUUGUCCACUGAGCGGGAAGAGGUGGGAGCGACUAUGCGGUCGCUGGCGAAAGAGCCCUCGGAGGAGCAGAUGCCUCAAGAGCCGGUGCACACGCCGUCCGUCUUCCUUCCGACGCCGCCUCUGCCACCGACACCGACCUUGCGGAAGUCAAUUGCCAAACGCGGCACGAGUUUGGCGAAGAGAUCCAGUCUGACGGCCGGAGCAGCAAACCAGCGACGUCGCAACAAGCGGACUCGCUCUGACCGACCGACGGCAAAACGUCGCAAUCCGACAGACGCAACCGCAGCCGUCCGUGGCGCAGAAACGGUCGACGAUAUCGGCCCAAACGGUCCUGGCCCGACGAUGUUGAUUUUGAGGCAGUCUCGACAGUCGCAGUCCAGUCAAGGCGAAAGGAAGGUGGGUUGGAAUAUUGAGUUGCGCUGUUUGCGAGAAUCAUAA